GCCAGUACCUAUACAAAUUUCACCACUCCAGUGGAAAUUUUCUCCACUUUGAGAUUGACAAUAGAUUGGAAGAUGCUUCAAGGAUCUUCUACAUCACAAGAUGCUGCUUUACAAAUAUGGAAUGCCUCAUUUAAGUGGUACAAGAAAAUAUAAUGACAUUGAAACCUCAAUUUUUGCAGCUGAUUUCAGAAGGGAAGGUCUACCGUGAUAUAGUUGGUAGUGCAUACUAUGUAGCUCCUGAAGUUCUACGUCGAAGCUAUGGGAAGGAAAUUGAUAUAUGGAGUGCAGGUGUUAUUUUGUAUAUCCUGCUCAGUGGCGUGCCUCCAUUUUGGGCUGAAACCGAAAAGGGGAUAUUUGAUGCUAUACUGACAGAAGAAAUUGACUUUGAAAGCCAGCCAUGGCCAUCAAUAUCAAACAGUGCAAAAGACCUUGUUCGCAAAAUGCUGAUGAAGGAUCCAAAGAAGAGGAUUACUUCUGUACAAGUACUGGAGCACCCUUGGAUUAAAGGACAAGCACCUGAUAAGCCAAUUGAUAGUGCUGUGCUCUCAAGAAUGAAGCAGUUCAGAGCAAUGAAUAAGCUCAAGAAACUUGCACUAAAGGUCAUUGCACAAAAUUUAUCUGAAGAAGAAAUUAAAGGUCUCAAAGCAAUGUUCACAAAUAUGGACACAGACAAGAGUGGCGCAAUCACAUAUGAAGAAUUGAAAACUGGACUGGCUCGCCUUGGGUCAAAACUGUCAGAAACUGAAGUAAAACAACUCAUGGAAGCUGCAGAUGUGGAUGGUAAUGGGACAAUUGAUUACCUUGAAUUUAUAACUGCUACGAUGCAUAGACACAAGCUCGAAAGAGACGAGCAUCUCUAUAAAGCAUUUCAGUAUUUUGACAAGGAUAACAGUGGCUUCAUUACGAGAGAUGAACUGGAAAAUGCUAUGAAGGAGUACGGCAUGGGUGAUGAGGCCACAAUCAGGGAAAUAAUUUCAGAAGUCGAUACAGAUAAUGAUGGAAGGAUCAACUACGAGGAGUUCUGUGAGAUGAUGAGAAGCGGAACAACACAACAGGCAAAGCUCUUCUAGUGUCAAGGCAAUAAUUUUUUGAGCAGCAUGUUGUUGGGACUUAUGAGAGAGUUCUGCAAGGAUGAGGAGAUGCUGGGGACGAGGUGCAAGAUGACAUGAUCUUGAUUUCUUGUCGGAUACUCUACUGUUUUCAUGGAAAUCGAGGGAGUACGGUUAAGAGUUUGCGAGCUUUUUUUGUUCAGAUAGCUGUUAAAUGGUGUUGUACUCGUGCAUACUCUGUUCCAUUAUUAAUUUGUGUUUAUCCAUAAUGUAUUAGAUAUCCAUCUAAUUUUAUAUGUACAAUGGUGUUUUAUUCUUGCAAGUUGAUUCCUAUGUGAAUGAUUAAAGAAUUGGAUUUACCUAAAUAUGCCAACCGUUCUCCCUGGA